GGUUGUAGGUUUGAGUGUAAUCCUAGAUGUAGAGUGGUUCUUCUCGCACGAACUUCAACCACCCCAAGACACCCUGCCGGACGACACCAGUGCAGCCACUCCACAUCCACCAUCCUGGCCGAAAGCAUCACAUCACAAGUCAACUGAGGACCUUCUGCGUCAACACCAGACUCCUCCAGAGCAUCUCACACGAGACAACCUCCUCCAGGGGCUGUGGGGGGACUCGAGAACCACCUGCCGGGGACUUAUUCUCGACCUCACCUCCAGCAGCAACACCACUCACCUCGCCCUCAGGUUGGUGGAGAUGUCUGGACUGUGGCGGCUGCCGAAGACGGUGGUGAUAGCCAUAGGUGGGAGGGCGGGGGUGAGGUCCGUGCUCCUCCACCACAGUCUCCGCAACACUGUCCACGCCCUAUACCUCGCCCUCCACCACGACCUCCACCUCGCCCUCCACCACGACCUCCACCUCGCCCUACACACACUUCUACCACACCUUCAUUCACGCCUUGGGAAUCUGCUGACUCAGGGAGCCUCAUCAGCUGGAGAUGAAGUAUGGGUGUACCGGCGGUGUCUCUACUGCAACACCGGCGAGGCUGGCGUCCUGCUGGUCCACCACUGGCGCCUCUCCUCCCUCCCUCGUCCCAUGGACCAUCUCUUCCAAGAAAAUUUUGAGGAUAUGAAGUGCCACAAGAUGAGGGUAGUAACAGCAACGGUAGUGUUACCAUACAUAGAUUACCAGCGCGUCAGGGAGACCCCGGGAACACCUGUUGUGUUGAAGGACUGCCUGGACGCCCGGCUCAUCAACACCUUCGCUGCCAAGCUCAACUUCACGUAA